AUCCCCAAUAAGUAAGUCUAAAGCAAAGAAAAGGGAAGAAACCUUGAAAGGAAAAAGGCUCAGAAGGGAACCUUAUCCUCAUUGCACUGAACCUGCAUUUAAUUAUCAGAAAUACAGUACUUGUCAAUUAUCUACCAUCUUAUCUUGCAGAGGAAUAUUCUCAGUGCUGUUUUUCAUUUGUAUGUCAGUGUUGGGUCUGCAAGAAAUAACAGGAUUAAUAGCUGUAAAUGUAAUUAUCUGCAUGCACUAAGAGACGAUAAUCAAAAACUGAAAAAACAAACAAACAAAAAAAGUAUGAUGGUUCAGAAAUAAUGGAAUAGAAAAGAAGACAAUGGUUAUAUGAAAUAAAAGAGGAUUAUAUAAACAGCUGAACCAGGACCCAGGAAUCUGAUAAAAUGGAAUAUUCCCUGAGGUUUGUUGUUGUUCUGCUUAUUUUUGGAAUAACUCACAAGGCUGUUGGAACCCUAACCAAUAAAACUACAGAGUAUGCAACUGAUUCAACUCCAACUAACAUAACUACAGCCUACUUAACUACUUUAACCCCAACUAACAUAACAGAGUACUCAACUGAUUCAACUCCAACUAACAUAACUACAGAGUACUCAACUGCGUCAACUCCAACUGACAUAACUACAGCCUACUCAACUGCUUUAACCUCAACUAACACAACUACAGCCUACUUAACUACUUUAACCCCAACUGACAUAACUACAGAGUACUCAACUGAUUCAACUCCAACUAACAUAACUACAGAGUACUCAACUGAUUCAACUCCAACUAACAUAACUUCAGAGUACUCAACUGCUUCAACUCCAACUGACAUAACUACAGCCUUCUCAACUGCUUUAACCUCAACUAACACAACUACAGCCUACUUAACUACUUUAAUCCCAACUAACAUAACUACAGAGUACUCAACUGAUUCAACUCCAACUGACAGAACUACAGCCUACUCAACUGCUUCAACUCCAACUGACAUAACUACAGCCUACUCAACUACUUCAACCUCAACUAACAUAACUACAGAGUACUCAACUGAUUCAACUCCAACUAACAUAACUACAGAGUACUCAACUGCUUCAACUCCAACUGACAGAACUACAGAGUAUUCAACUGCUUCAACUACUUUAAUCCCAACUAACAUAACUACAGAGUACUCAACUGAUUCAACUCCAACUGACAGAACUACAGCCUACUCAACUGCUUCAACUCCAACUGACAUAACUACAGAGUACUCAACUGAUUCAACUCCAACUAACAUAACUACAGAGUACUCAACUGCUUCAACUCCAACUGACAUAACUACAGAGUAUUCAACUGCUUCAACUCCAACUGACAUAACUACAGCCUACUCAACUACUCCAGCUCCAACUCCAAUCACCACUACAAUCCCAACCACAAUCAUUCAAUUAAGCUACUCAUUGACAAUAAUUGAACAAUUUGACUUCGCACUUAACAACACAAGGAGUGACAAGUAUAUAACAUACAGCAGUAUAAUUCAGAGUUCAAUUAAUGAAAAUUACAAAAUUGUCCCGAGCUAUCAGCCCAACUCUGCAAGUGUGACUGGCUUCAGGGCUGGCAGUGUGAUUGCAGAUUUCACAAUUAAUUCAACAACUGCUCAGCCUGAUUUGCAACUAGCGAAUAAACAACUUGUUCAAACUCUCAGAUCAAAUGGAUUUAAUGUGAACGAUAAUGCAGUCUUUCAAAGUGUGCAAGGUGGACUAUAUACAAACAGUGAUAAUAUAUUUCCUGGAUCAAGUCUCACACUGACAUGCACACUUUUACCAACAAAUGGCAUCACAUGGACCUUGAAUAGGAAUCAACUGUCACAAUCGAAUAAAUAUACAAUGAAUAACACUGAUCUCAUUGUGAACGAUGUUGUUCCCAGUGACAGCGGUGAAUAUGCCUGCAGUACAAUACUAAACUCUAUGCCCAAUAUUAACUAUCAGUUCAUUACUAUUCAGCCAUACCCCAAUAUCCAAGUAACCAGUGACAAAGUUGUACCAUGUGAGGAUACAACAAUUCCACUUCAGUGUUGUUUUCAGGGGAUUUAUGGAGUGAGUUUGUAUGUUAACUCCAGAGUUUGCAGCCAAUCAUCAACAGACUCUGCAGACUCAUCAUCAUGUUUAUCAUGUAACUAUGAUAGUAAAAAACAGGACUGCCAAACUGUAGACCAAAACAUACAGGUAACAUGUCAACUAACAUCACCUAUGAAUGGAAACAGUUACCCAGCAAGCUCCACGAUACGUAUAACAAACACUGCAUUUAUCUGCUAUAAUGAUGCAUUUGGAGCUGGAAAUGUGAGCACAAUACAAACCAUUAACUGUACUGGAGACUUUGCUGGCUUUCAAGUAGCUCAGUGUAGUUCACAUGGCUGGAACAUUAUAGAAAACAAUUGUGUUCUUCGUGCCAUCCAACAGUUCAAAGAUGAAGCUAAGAAUUUACAGGUAGGAGACAUCAAGACAUUUAUGAACAGUUUCAGUGGUAAUGUUAUAUCACUGACUGAAAACAUCACUGACUCGACAGCAACCAUAAUAGCAGUUGUAGACGUACUAAACAUCGUUUCAAAUCUCUCACUAACAACUUCAAUCGACCAACCCAUUAUGGAGUAUGUCCUAAACACAACCAAUGCUGUUGGAUCAGAUGGUGCACAGGACUCGUGGCUGCGUAUAAACAACAACAAUGCAUCCAUGAAUGCCAGCUCUGAACUUCUAAAGUCAACUGAAAAUUUUGGAAGCAGGCUCCCUAAUACAAGCUUCAAUAUAAAAAUAGAGUCUACGUCUCUCAAUAAGACUAACAUUACUACUAGUUCCUUCUUGGAAGAAUUUGGUAUCAAUUUAACAACACAAAUAAGUAUUCCUGAGAUUACCCCACCAACGUUCAUCACCGUCAUAGUUUCUCCAGCAUUUAACAACAUCUUACCUGUUCGAACUCUGACCUACAAUGACAGCAGUCAGACUGACACCAAGAUCAAUGGAGACAUAGUUAUGAUUAAGGCAAAUUCAAGAAUUAACAACAUCUCUCUCUCUUUUGAUGUAAUAAAUAAAGCAUUGGGAAACCCUCAGUGUGUCUUCUGGAACUUUAGUCUUCUGAAUGGUGUUGGUGGAUGGGACUCGACUGGAUGUCAGUUAAAGCUAUUAGGAAAUGAAACUGAAAGAUACACAUGUGAGUGCAAUCACACAACCUCUUUUUCAAUCCUGAUGUCACCAUUUAACAUGGAUAACUUAGCCUUAGACUAUAUAACCUACAUUGGUGUUGGCAUUUCAACGGGCAGCUUGGUUUUGUGCCUCAUCAUUGAAAUCAUCAUAUGGAAAUCAGUGACACGAAAUGACACAUCCUUCAUGCGUCAUGUCUCCAUAGUCAACAUCGCUGUCUCCCUUCUGAUUGCGAACAUUUGCUUCAUCAUUGGAGCAGCUGUUGUUAAACUAGAAGCUACCUGCAGUACAGUGACGUUCUUCAUGCACUUCUUUUAUCUCGCCCUUUUCUUCUGGAUGUUUUUGUCUGCACUUUUUCUCCUCUACCGCACCCUCAUGGUCUUUUCCAGAAUGACCAGAGAAGCAAUGAUGGCCAUAGGCUUUACUGUCGGCUAUGGAGCCCCGUUAAUCAUAGCUGUCAUUACUGUGGCAUCUACAGCUGGAGGCAAAGGAUACAUUCAACAAGGUUACAAUUGUUGGCUGAACUGGAAUAAAACAAAGGCUCUCCUGGCAUUUGUGAUUCCUGCUCUGACGAUUGUAGCUAUAAACUUCCUGGUGCUUAUUGUGGUUCUGUGUAAGAUCUUGAGGAGAGGAGUUAAUGCUUCUGUUCAGCCAGAUGAGAAACAUCCCCUAGUGGUCAUUGCAAGAUGUGUGGCGAUUUUAACACCUCUCUUUGGUCUAACGUGGGGAUUCGGCAUUGGGACCUUGGGGUCAAAUAACUUAGGAGUUCAUGGAAUGUUUGCAUUAUUUAAUUCAAUGCAGGGUUUCUUUAUUUUGGUCUUCGGUACUUUACUGGAUAGUAAGGUCCGAGAAGCGUUAGCAGGAAAGUUUUCACUGAGGAACUUAAGCUCAAAUCACACAAGGAGUACAAGUGCAGGGCCAUCAUCCUCAAGUGGAAUUAAUUUCAUUCAGAUGUUACGGAGAAGAAAUGUGUACAAUGUCUCAAAUGGAGAAAAGUUGUCUUCAAGCAACACAAAUGCAUCUGCUGAUACUGAAGGAGCUGCAAUUUUAACAAAUUUAACAAAUCUUUAAUUAGUAUUCACAUCUAUCAAAUCACAUCUAGUUAAGUUGAAGAUUUUUAUGAUAAAUAAUCAAGUUGAGGAAGGGAAUAAUUGCAGAUAAUGAGCCUUAGUACAAUUCUUGGGAUGGGAUUCAUGGAAUGAAAUCUUUUGCCAGAUUUUUUGCCAAAUAGUCUUAGAAAUCAUACCAAAUACAUUUGAGCUAAAGUUCAUAGACACUAUUACUUGUUAUUAUUUCUUUAUUUCUAUUGAGCUUAGACAAAGUAAAUGUAGUUCCCUGAAUGUUAUUUUGAUGACUUUUUCCAUUUGAUCAAAUCUAAUUGUAACUGAAGAAAAUUGAAAGAAAUCCACAUUU